AUGGACUUACAAGGCUACAACGAAGAGCCCACGUAUUCGACACUUGAUCUAGACCGUAGGUUUUAAUUGAUAGGCUUGUUUUAGCAGUGCGAGUCUUUUGGUUCAAGGAAGUGACGAAGACGCAUCGUAAAUUCAUAUCACAAAACCAUGAAUCCGUACACCUUUGAUCCUACUCUGUUCGAUUUCGCAAAUUUCUCCAAUCCCAUCGUCAAUUUCGACCACAGAUCGUGGUCAUCAUCAGCAGACGAUGAUUAUGAAUACAAAACAGAUUAUGGUGAAGCCUCCGCGGUGAGUCGUCGCAAUAGCCCACCAAAGCACCGCCACGAUGGCAAGUCGCCGCUGCCACUGGGGAUGGACUGGAGCCUUCCUCCUCCUAAAUGGGAAGGACAAAACUCUGUUUGGCCAUAUGAUCCUCAUACAGGAUGGAGUUAUUGUGCCACAAUUCCUUCAUGGAUUCUCCUGCAGAAACCAAGGGGUUCAGAUCCUGUGGUGUUUUUCAGAGUUGAAGUUGGUAUACAGUCACCUGAAGGCAUCACUACAACCAGAGAGAUAUUGCAAAGAUUCAGUGAUUUCCUGAAGUUACAUUCUGAACUUAAAAAAGAGUUUCCUGGGAAAACUCUACCUCCAGCUCCUCCAAGGAGGAUUUUGAGAAUGAAAAGCAGGACAAUGUUGGAAGAGAGAAGGUGUUCAUUGGAGGAAUGGAUGCAUAAACUGCUAUCAGAUAUUGACAUAUCAAGAUGUGUUUCUGUAGCACUGUUUCUGGAGCUAGAAGCUGCUGCGAGGUCUUCUUUCUACGAUGACAUUCAGCAGAAUUCAGAUGUGAAUCACUCUCUUAGAGCCGUGGUUCCGUCAUCAUUGUUGAAAUCCAACUCAGACAUUUCUGUGUUUGCUGAAUGUUCGUCAAUCACAUCUGAUAAUGGUAAUGAAUUUCCUGACUCGAUAUCUGAAAUUGAGACACUAAAGAGUGAGAGUAAAGUCAGGAUUGGAAGGGAUGAUAUCACUGAUUUUGGUGUGGAGGCUUCAACUUCUGGACAAAACAUAACUGAUGCAGUAGAAAUCCCUGCUAAGCGUGAUGGUAUGGAGUAUUUGGCCAAUAAGGAGUAUUAUAAGUUCGAUGGCCAUGCUCGAGGACUAUCAUCAGAGAGUGUUGGAAGUGACUUGAGUACUGUAAAAGAAAGUGAAGCAUCUAAUUUUGGGGUGGCUAAUUUAUUUGGUGAGGACAACAUGGACCUUGCUGAAGGUGCUGAUGCUUCUAGAACCAGGGAUACUCUCGUCAGCUCAGAUAUACACUUUUCGAGGGACUCGCUUAUUCUUCCAUCUUUUGAGCAACAGAAAUUGAUCAGAGUUCUUAACACGGUGCAACGCAGACUGUGCACAGGAAAAACAGACAUGGAGGAUCUUACAGCAAGAUUGAAUCAAGAGGUUGCUGUGAGAAAGUUUUUGGCAACAAAGGUCAAGGAUUUGGAAGUCGAAAUUGAAACUACAAGACAUAAUUGUAAGGAAAAUAUGCAACAAGCUGCUCUAACGGAACGAGAGAAAUUCACUCAAAUGCAGUGGGAUGUGGAAGAAUUUCGUAGUAGAUGUCUUGAGAUGGAACUGAAAUUGAAGUCGGAACAGGAUGAUAAGGCUUGUGUGGAGUUGGCCAAAGCUUCAAUCAUCCAGGGGAAUGAAAUGUUGCUGCAGGAGCUGGGUGUUGCCAGAGAGCAGCUUGAGAAAUUACAUGAAGUCCAUGAAGAGUUAGAGGUGAAGUCAAAAGCUGAUUUGAAGGUUCUUGUUAAAGAGGUCAAAUCUCUCCGAAUUUCCCAGUCAGAAUUGAAACAGGAGCUGAGCCGCUUGAUGAAAGAAAAACUCGAACUGGAGAGGACUCUUCAAAGGGAAAAGGAGAACAUGGAGCAAGCAACUACUGCUAAUGCAAAGUUGCUGCACGAAUGUGAAAUUCUUCGCGACCGGCUCCAAGAAUGUAGUGUUAACUUCCUUAGAGAAGAGGAAGAUAAACUAAUUGUGGAGACUUCAUCAACUUCUGAUGCUAUAAAUCUUCUAGUGACAUCUGACAACCGAAUUGGUCUACUCCUUGCAGAGGCGCAGCUCCUUGCACAAGAUGUUGAAAAUUCUGCGUCAGAAUUGGAUGAAAAUCAUGGAAGCGGAAGUGAAAGAACAACAGCUGAUGAGUUGAGGAAGAUGCUGACAGAUAGUUUCGUCGAUAAUGCCAGAUUGAGGAUGCAACUCAACUCGGUAAUUCGUCACUCUUUAAAGACCUACGCCCAGUCCAACAAAGAUGAUGAUGAAGAGGAAACUCAUCCAAGAAAAACAGCUUUGAGCCAGUUCUUGGAAAUGUAGCAUAUCGAAGCUUCUGUAUAUAUAUCAAGUGUAAAAUACCUGGUACAAUAUCAUUACUUUGCAUUAGUUACUUUCAGUUGUUUAUGUAAUAAUCACGAGCGGUUCUAGCUUCUAAGAGAACAAUGGCUGCCUUGGGGGUAUGUGUUGCAUAGAAUUCAUGGAUGCGUAGGUUGA